AUGCAGGAAACCCAUACAACUGUCUUAGUAAGAGCUAGAGCCAUGCUUUUAACUAGGAAAACAUUUCUUAGUGUCUCUCCUACUACCCCUGUUAACCUAUGUGACAAAUGGGCGCCUCCCUCUGUUGGAUGGAUAAAAUGUAAUAUUGAUGGUGCUUAUGAUGACAUUUCUGGAGCAAAUGGUGCAGGUUUUGUGAUGGGGGACUUCUCAAGCAAAACCUCUUUUUGUGCUUCCCUGGUUUUUGAAGUAAAGUCUGUUGAAGAAGCUGAAGCCAGAUCUAUUUGGGCAGUCCUGAAGAAAGCCUUGGAGCAACAGUUAACUCAUAUAAUUGUCGAAAGUGAUGCUAAGAAUCUCAUCGAUCAAUUUUCAUCUGGCCAGUUUGAUGGAGACUCACGUACGGAUGCUAUUUUCAAAGACAUUCAAUUCUUUUCUUCUAAAUUAGUAUCUUGUAUUUUUAACUUUCAACCGCGUGUUUGUGAUUAUGUAGCUCAUAAGUUAGCUCAAUGGGUAAAAACAAACAAUACCUCUAUGUACUGGUCUGUGCCUCCUGUUUGGCUUUUGCCAACAGUUGAGGGGGAUCAUUAG